GGCCACGCCAACUCGAUGGAGGGCGAGAUCAUUCGGACCCUCAACGAGAUGUACCUUGGCCAGCCCUGGCACCCCGUCAGCCACCCUCAGUCCAUCACUGCGGGCCAGCGGCAGGCCCUGGACAACGUUCGAGACGCAGUCCGACGGUUCGGCGCUCCCCUGGAGGGAUUGAUUGGCUCAGGAGCCCUUGAGGAGCUCCGAGUUCUCAGCGACUAUGCCGGCGAGAGCGCCACCGUCGCCCCGCUCGACUUUGACAAAAUCAAUAGUCUCUCGCUUCCAAACGAGGGUUUCGAGCCUGUGCCGCUUGACACGCUGGGAGGGGAUGCUGGCCGCAAGAUAGUCGAGCGGCUUGAUGGCAUGAUGUUGCCCCAGUCUGAGGGUCGUGCUCGGAUCGAGUCUGAGGGCCCCCGGAAGCUCUACACCGACCCGGCACUGAGGAACCCCAAGCUGCAUGUCCAGCUGCUGCGGACCCUCGAGCGCCGGAAUCUUUUCGAUUUCUACAAGGACAAGUGUUGCAACGUAGGUGUCUUCUUCGUUUACAAGAAGUCGGGUAAGCUGCGGCUCAUCCUGGACGGCAGGCACGCCUCUCCGCAAAUCCAGGUCCCCGACAAGGUCGCUCUAGCGUCGGGUGCGACCUUCGCCGGCCUCCACGCGGAUGGGGGCAAGCCCAUCGCGGUGGCGGAGGUCGACCUGGCGGACGCGUUCUACACGAUGCUGCUGCCUCCGAAGUUCAGGAGGUACUUCGCGCUACCUGGAUGCCGCGCUGGGUUGCUGGGCCUCGAGAGCACCACGGACGGGCGGCGCCUGGCGGGAACCGACUUGUUGUAUCCGCGCUUCAGGUGCCCCCCGAUGGGCUGCUCCUUCAGCCUGUGGAUCUGCCAGACGAUGCUGGAGGGGAUGGCUCUGAAGGCGCCCCAGCUCUCCCUCGCGAACCGCUUCGUGGACCGCCGACCUGUGCCUCAGGUGUCCGAGGGUGUGAUUCAUACCGAGUACGUGGACAAUGCGAUCAGCCUCUCUACGGACUUGGAGACGGCGGCCGCCGCUGCGUCGGCCGUGGACUCGAACCUUCGUGCAGCGGGACUCCCUACCCACGGGGUCGAGUGCAGUUUUGGCGCCGUGGCACUGGGCUGGCAGUUCGACGAGAAGUUCCCGAUCAUCGGGCUGAACCCAGCGCUCCGCUGGAAGCUGAGAUUGGCCUUCCUGGAGCUGUGCCGGAGGGGAUAUGCCUCGGGCAAGACGAUCUCGCGCGUGGUGUCCCAUUUCACCUCGCGGGGUCUGAUUCGCCGAGAGGUCUUGUCCGCUCUCAAUUCGCUGUGCGCUUUCUGCCCAGUAUGGAGCCUUGUCGCGUUCUGUUUCAGGGGCGCUGGCGCCUCGUUCGACAGCACGCUCACGAUGGUAGACUCAUCGCGGUGGGGAGGUGGAGUCAUUCAGAAAAAGUCAUCUGCCCCAGUUGCUCGGGAGCUCUCCAAGCACAAUGAGAGAUGGAGAUUCAGCACUCAUCAGGAGUCCGAGGUGUCGCAUCGGCCCCACGCCUUCAAGUCGGCGACCUCCGCCGACCCCUUCACCCCAGAGCAGGUCUUCACCAUCGACUGCUCCGGGAACCCGAAGGCCCCGAUCAAGGAGCCCUUGGAGGUGCCCGUAGAAGAGCCUGUCAUGGAGUCCGCGAUGAAGGGGGCACACGUGGAGGAGGAGAUGGUCAAUGACAUCGAGGGGCGUUCGUCGCGGCGGGAGAUAGGCCGCGCGCGCCGGCAGCUGGCGGCCCUUUCGCUGGCCAGCGGCGCUGCGUUCUUCUGGCGCUGGGCCCCCUCGGAGAGGAACUCGGCCGACCGCGCCUCCAGGAACCUGCCGGGCGUGGGCAACGCGGCCGCGGCGGCGAGGCAGCCCCGGGGCAAGAGCUGGCGGGAUCGGCUCCAGCGGUCGUUCCUCGAGCAGAGGGCCGUGAAGGACAGGGCCGCCUGGAGCUACCCGGUCCGAUACCGAGCUUCCCUGACUUGGUCGACGAAGGCGUGCCUGUCGGUGGCGAGCGUCACGGACCUGGGGGCCGACUGGAUGGCGCCGAACGACUCCCUGGCCGCCGCCCGAACGGCCGUGCUGACUUCCGCCCUCGGCCUGGGGCCGUCGGAGACGCUGUCGCUGCGCGUCCAGUCAGUCGUGCAGUCGGUCAGGGCUGGUCCACAUCAUCUGGGCAUGUACUCGAUCCUGCUGUUUCCCGCGGAGCUCAGGGUGAUGUCGAAGACCCAGGGCUACGACGCCAGUCUCCAGGUGGACAACCAAGAGUUCAGCGGGGUCGACCAGCUGUUGGAUUGCCUCGUGGAGAGACGUGCGGUCGACGCGCCCCUGCUCUACCUGGGCAUGAGGUCCUGGAUACGGGCGCUCCUGCAGGCGGGCGCCGCCCUCGGACUGGGCGCCCUCGGCCCCCCAAUGCUGUUUCAACUGCGCCACGGAGGGGCCAGCCCCGAGUGGCCGACGAACGCCUGGGAGUUCCGCGACAUCAAGAAGCGCAGGCAGUGGGAGGCCGUCAGGAGCCUCAUGCAGCACGCGAAGGAUGGUCGAGUUCAA